AUGGAGUUUAGAAAUGAUCAAUUACAACAACGAGCUUUGAAAAGUAAAAAGGUUCAGUCCCCGUCAGGAAGUCAAUACAAGAAUCACAAAUAUUUAGUUUUCUUUUUUAUCUGGCUGUUUUCCUUACACCUUGGAGGUUUAUUUCUUUUUACUCGAGGUUUUCUUUUAACCCGUUUAGUUUUAGAUCAUAAAAGUAAAUGUUCCGAAACGCCAUUUUUGAAAGGACAAGUCCCAUUAACAACUCUUGAUAGUUGUUGGUAUCCUACCCAGUUCAAAAAAGCUGUCGUAAUCUUAGUCGAUGCUCUUAGGUUUGAUUUUGCCGCUUCUCACACAAAUGAUACUAUUGAUGAGUCAUUUCCCCAUUAUUUAGACAAACUUCCCAUCUUUCACGAACUUUUAAAUUCUCAACCUUCUCAUGCUUUAUUAUUUCAGUUUAUAGCUGAUGCCCCGACCACCACAUUACAACGUUUAAAGGCUCUAACAACUGGAACUUUACCCACCUUCAUUGACGCAGGAAGUAAUUUUGCUGGGUCAUCUAUAGAAGAAGAUAAUUUGAUAGAUCAGCUAUUUAAACAAGGAAAGAAGAUUGCCUUUAUGGGAGAUGAUACUUGGGUGUCACUUUUUCCGGAUCAAUUUGAAAAAAAUAUGACACAUCCAUUUCCAUCUUUUAACGUUUGGGACCUUCACACCGUAGAUAACGGAAUAUUAAAUUUAUUAAUUCCAACUCUGAAACGGGAAAGUUACAGGGAACGUUCAUCCGUUUCUGGAUCAGAUUGGGAUGUUUUGAUUGCACAUUUUUUAGGAGUUGAUCAUUGUGGUCAUCGCUAUGGUCCUGAUCAUCCAGCAAUGUCAGAAAAAUUGAAUCAAAUGAACAUGAUGAUUCGGGAUGUCGUAGAAUCUGUUGAUGAAGAUACGAUCGUUCUCGUCAUGGGCGAUCAUGGAAUGGACCCCAAGGGAGAUCACGGUGGUGAUAGUAAUAAUGAAGUUGAGUCCGCACUGUUUAUGUAUAGUAAAAAGCAACUCACGACAGAUGAGGGUACAACCGCGAUUAUUCAUCGUAUUUUACAAAAGGCUGAUGAUGCUGAUUCACACGGUCGAAAAUCUUUUACAAUGGAUUUUGGAAAAUGGAGAAGCAUACCUCAGAUAGAUUUUAUACCAACUUUCUCAUUAUUACUAGGAUUACCCAUUCCUUUUAAUAAUUUAGGUAGUGUUAUUCCAGAAUUGUUUUUAGUUAGCUCUAAAGAUGGGGAUCACGAUUCAAGUAUCGAGCAAAAAUUGAAAAAUUUAUUGGAUGUGAUGAGACUUAAUGCAGAACAAGUUUAUCGGUAUGUGGUUGAAUAUUCACGACAACAACCAUCUUCCGAGUUAUCAAAAGAAGCACUUCAUGUUUUGAGAGAUUUAUUCGAGCAGGCGGAAGGUCAAUAUGGUUUAUUAGAAGGAUCUUCGGGUGCAUCAUCGGAUGAUUUAGAAAAUUUGAUUGUGCAAUAUCUGAGCUUUUUGAGAAUUACCUUGUCUAUAUGUCGUCGAAUAUGGGCACAAUUUGAUUUGAUUUUGAUGAUUUCUGGAAUUGGUAUUUUGAUAGCAAGUUGUGUCUGCACGUUAAUGCAUAUAUUUUUAGGAAAACGCGAAGCAAUUCAUAUUAGCAAUCAGACGAGCGUCAUGCAUGCUUUAGUUGGAGGGAGCAUUGGUGCAGUUUUAACGAGACUGAGAGUCACGGGGCUUUUACUAAAACCAUUUUUUGGAGAUUAUACCUUUUCAACUAUGGAUUUAAUCAUAUUGAGCGCUUCUUUUGGAUCUGUCUUUGGGUUUUCGUCUCAAUUCAUUAAGUUAUAUUUUUCAUAUCUUAAAUCAUUCAGCUUAAACAAACUUUAUUUUUCACUUGAUACAUUUUUGGCAAUUUUGUUCCUUAUCCUUCACUCGUUAUCAUUUGCAUCCAAUAGUUACACAGUUUUUGAAGAUAGAAUUAGUGUUUGGCUGUUGCAAACAUUUGGAAUUUAUACAUUGAUCAAGGCAUUUAGUAUUCGAAAUAAACGAUUUCGACAAAGAUUGAUAAUGUGUUCGUUCGUAUCAUUGAUGUUGAUACGUAUAGCCGCAUAUUCAACCAUUUGUCGCGAAGAACAACUACCUAAUUGCACCAUGACAUUUUACGAAUCUUCGGAGAAUUCAGUAUCAUCACCGGUCAUAUUACUAGCUUUAGUCGCCUUUUCUGUGAUAAUUCCUUUUAUAAUACGUAGAACCUUAUUGAUUACAAAAAGUUUUAAUGGGGUCGCGCCACUUUGGAUUGAUUGGGCAUUAAGGGCUGGAUUGAUGUUAUCCGCAGCAUAUUGGGUUAUGGAUAACUCGGAUAGUAUGAACCCACCAACUCCCUCCUCCCAGGGCACAAUGAGCAUUUCAGAUUGGGUAAUUAAUGAAAGUUUCAAAUGGGGUAAGAACUUUUUGGUUAGAAUGGCUUUCGGAAUAGCUACUUUAAUUGGACAUCUUGCAUGGUGGACGAAUCCACUAUGUUUAGACUUGGAGAUGAUUAAUAUUGAUGAUAAAUCGAGUAAAUCAACAAAGUUACCCGAGAAAAAUUCCAAAAGAAGCGAUCAACCUGGCCAACGACCUUCACAGAGAGCAGUUGAAAUUUUAGGAUUUGCCAAUUCGUUUGGAGCUUCAUAUUUUAUUUUCUUGACGAUCAUUUAUUUGUUAUUGAUUAUCACUCAACAACCCAUGGGCGGAUUAAUGAUUUCUAUAGCCUUAUGUCAAAUAAUGAUUUCAUUAGAAAUGAUUGAUGCAAAAAGAGGUGGAGGUUUAAUUGAUUCACAAGAUACGACAUUUCUUGACAUAGUUGUCUUUUCAUUGUGUGGAACAUUAUUUUUCUUUUCUACGGGACAUCAAGCUACAAUUCCAUCGAUUCAAUGGUCGGCGGGAUUCAUUGGAAUUGAUGAAGCGAACUUUACAAUAACGCCAAUAUUAGUUACACUUAACUCGUUAUCAUCGCAAAUUUUGUUUACAUGUGCAAUACCUUUAUUGGUAUUUUGGAAUAAAUCACCAUCAACGCUUGGAAAUUCUAUUUAUUAUUCACUUACAACCACCAUAUUAUAUUAUAUUUUAUAUAAUUCCGUAAUAACAACUAGUACGGCAAUAUUUGCGGCAUGGUUUCGAAGGCAUUUGAUGGUAUGGAAAGUUUUUGCACCAAGAUUUAUGUUGGGAGGUAUUAGUUUAAUAUGCGUGGACUUUGUCACGUGCUUUGUCGUUAUUUCUUAUGCUUGCGGCAAGGUUAUGAAAGAGAGCAUACCGAUAUGCUCUUCAUUUCGAGUUCGAGCAGAUAGACAAGAAAUCAUCUAUUACUUGGGAGGUAUGGUAAGGGAGCUAUUGAAACCUUCUACUAGACUUGAGGAAGAAACCUGGAACGUAACUUGUUUUAUCGAAAUGGUGUCUCAGAGGGUCAAUUUCAUCAAGUAUGCAUGUACAGCACUUGAAGAUACAUAUAAACCAUCAACCACCUUUGUAGUCGUACGGAGAGGUCUUCACACUCGCUUAUUAUCUACAGACGUGAGAGAUUCAGAUAGGAUAGGAAACUUUCUUGUUGGUACGGUUGUUGAAUCAACAAUACAAAUCCUUUCGAAUUCGACGUUUAUCUUCAGAGUCGCACUGCAACGCAAGGAACUUCUGCGUCCAACAUAUUAUUACGUAUUGUAUGAUGAAAACCGAUUUGAUCCCGAUUCACUUCAAACCUUAUCAUACAACUUGUGCUAUAUACAUUUGCGCGAUGCAAACGAUUCAUUCACAAGGGAAAAUUGGUAUAUAGAUUCAGAAUGCCUUGGUUCUGUAUCAGCAGAUGUUAAGGUGAAACCUGAAUUACGUACUUUAUAUAGAGAAGAUGGAACAAAUUUUAUCGGUCUAUGA